CCCGGGGAGGUGAUCCAGCCGCUGCCCAUCCAGCUGCCCAAGAAGAGCAAGCGGUCGAUCGACGCCAGCCAGCUGGUGGGCGAGGACGGGGAGGGGAUGGCGGCGGACGGGGCCCACGGCCACGCGGGCGGCAUGGACGAGAUCUUCGGCUCCCUCAACGCCCUCAAGCGGGAGAUCGAGCAGAUGAAGCACCCGAUGGGCACCCAGGACAACCCAGCCCGCACCUGCCAGGACCUGCGGCUCUGCCACCCCGACCUGCCCGACGGCGAGUACUGGAUCGACCCCAAUGAGGGCUGCUCCCGCGACUCCUUCAAGGUGCAUUGCGACUUCACGGCUGGCGGGGAGACCUGCCUCUUCCCCACCAAAGAGACGCAGGAGGUCCGGAUGUCUGUGUGGCAGGAGGAGAAGCCCCCGCGCUGGUUCAGCCAGUUCCGGGAAGGCAGCAAGUUCUCGUACGUGGACGCGGACGGGCGCCCGGUGGGCGCGGUGCAGCUCACCUUCCUGCGGCUGCUCAGCGUGGCCGCCCGGCAGAACUUCACCUACCACUGCCAGCGCUCGGUGGCCUGGCGCAGCGCCGCCUCUGGGGGCCACCAGCGCGCCCUCCGCCUCCGGGGCGCCAACGAAGAGGACAUGAGCUACGACAACAGCCCCUACAUCACGGCCCUCACCGACGGCUGCGCG